AUGAAGGUCAACCUGCCCGAAGUCAGGGUACAGGUGUGGUUCCAAAACCGGCGCGCCAAAUGGCGUCGCCAAGAGAAGAUGGAGUCUCAGAGCGCCCUCCAGCACCGGCUGGGUGGAGGGGGUCAAUCCCCGUCCAGCCCGGGCUCCGGGUCCAAUGCGAUGGUGGGUCCCGGCUUGCCUCUGGACCCCUGGCUGGCGCCCCCUCUCCUCUCGGGCGCCCCAUUUAUGGGGACGGCUGCGGCCCCCUUCUACGCCACCUCGACGGCCGCCGCAGCCUUUCUACAAGGACGGGCCGACACCUAUCAGAGGCUUGCUCCGCCGAGUUCCCCGCUCAACCUGGCGCUGUCCAACGAGCCCAAGUCACAGUCGCAGCCUCAAGACGGCGACGACGACCCCACGAAUUCCGACCGGACGUCGAGCAUCGUAGCGCUCAGACUCAGAGCGAGAGAACACGUUCAACUGCUCUGCAAAGGCGUGUGA